UCAAGCCUUGUUUACAGAGUCAAUUCAACGGAGAGAAACUACGGGAUCUACUCUACAUCCUUCACAUCUCCUAAAUUAACAGAACCGAUCCUUCAAACACCAUCUGUGUUCAAUUACCUCAAUUCCCGCGUCUUGAUGGGACAAAUGCAUCUCUGAAAUCUCAUACUGAAGAGGGUGGGAGGCAUAGAGAGACCAUUUUACAGACUGGACGGAUAUUAUUUGCCAUCUCUUUGAGUUUCUUCACCGAUUUUAGGCCUUUAACACACGCUGUAUGAUAGAAAUAAGGCAUCUCGCAGCUCAUGAAGAUCACGCAUGCAUGCAUACACACAUAUGCGGUCAGACAGACACAUGCGUCCAGACUGUUUUAGCCAUUGGAUCUAACUAAGCAGUUUUCACAGCUAAAAAGCAGCCAACGAGGAGACCUACAACGUGUUUUCCCCACUUUACCACGAAAUGGAGCACGAAAAUGUGGAUUAUCAAGCCUUGACGUGUUUUUCUGGAUUGUUUUCACGUUUAUCGGCGAGAAGCAGCUCUCAAUAAUAAUAAUUGAUAAUUUUAAAGAGCACGAGAAUCGGUGCGGGUGAAUCCGACUCAUGGUGAGGGCAGAGCGGGCUGUGUCUGUUGGAUAGCUCGCUGGGGUGUCUGGAGGGUCAUUUAUCCCAGCAAAAACACUACGAAGAUGGACGAAAUCAGUGUUAUUUGAUUUGUUCCCUGCUCUCCUCUAUCUGUUAAUUUUUCACCUAUUCAAAAGGAAGGACCGAGCUGGAUAAAGAAACUUUGAUGAAAUAUUUUUGUACCUAAAUACUUUGAGUCAAGCACCAUCCACUUUAAAGGCUUGAGCUGUACCCCUUUUUUUUGCCUUGUGUUUGCCUUGUUUUUGUACAGGAAUGAGGUCUAGUAAACAGAGGAGACAUUGGACCUUGUUUUGUGGUCUGGUGCUGGUCCUAAGCGCUCUCUGCCAUGGAGAAAUCUGUGGUCCAGGCAUUGACAUUGGAAAUGACAUCAGUAAUUUUAAGCGUCUGGAGAACUGUACGGUGGUUGAGGGCUACCUGCAAAUUCUUCUCAUCGGAGGCAAAAACAAUAACAACCAGGAGGUCUUCCGCACCCUGAGUUUCCCCAAGCUGACCAUGAUUACGGAUUACCUUCUCCUCUUCCGUGUUUCCGGGCUGGACACACUCAGCACACUCUUCCCAAACCUCACUGUCAUCCGUGGCCGCAACCUGUUCUACAACUAUGCCCUGGUCAUAUUUGAGUUGACCAGCCUGAAGGACAUUGGCCUCUACAACCUGCGAAACAUCACUCGAGGAGCGAUACGAAUCGAGAAGAAUCCUGAGCUCUGCUACUUGGAUUCUGUAGACUGGUCCCUCAUUAUGGAUGCUGAAUUUAACAAUAUUAUUGCUGGAAAUAAGCAGUCGAAGGAGUGUGGAGAUGUUUGCCCUGGAAUCAUGGAGGACAACCCUCAGUGUAUCAAGACGAACUUCAACAGCAAAUACAAUUACAGAUGCUGGACCUCCAACCACUGCCAGAAAGUUUGUCCAGAAUGGUGUGGACAGCGGGCAUGUACGGACUCGGGCGAGUGCUGCCACCCCCAGUGCCUGGGCAGCUGCACCAUGCCCAAUAACGACCGGGCCUGUUCAGCCUGCCAGCAUUACUAUCAUGAGGGCCGCUGCGUGGAGGACUGCCCGCCCGGCACAUACAAGUUUGAGGGCUGGCGCUGCAUCACCAUGGACUUGUGCUCCAAGAUCCACCUGCCUGAUUAUGACCGUUUUGUGAUCCACGGAGGAGAGUGCAUGUCCGACUGCCCGCCUGGCUUCACACAUGAUGAGAACCAGAGCAUGUUCUGUAAAGCCUGUGACGGCCUGUGUGACAAGUUUUGCGAUGAAAAGGUCAUUGACUCGGUGGAUGCGGCUCAGUCCCUCAAGGGAUGUACUGUUAUCAGAGGCAACCUGCAUAUCAACAUCCGCCGUGGCAAUAAUAUCGCCUCAGAGCUGGAGAAUUUUCUAGGUCUCAUCAAGACAGUGACGGGAUACGUGAAGAUUCGAUCAUCUCACACCCUGAACUCUCUCUCCUUCCUCAAGAGUCUGAGAUACAUCAACGGAGAAGAACUGUGGGAUGACAUGUAUGCCUUUGCUGCAUUGGAUAACCAGCACCUCCAGUUUCUGUGGGACUGGUCUCAGCACAAUCUCACCAUAAACACUGGAAAACUUUACUUCCGUCUCAACCCCAAACUCUGCAUGUCCGAGAUACACAAGAUGUGGGCCAAAACCGGAAUUACAGAGAAGUUUUUGGAAGAAGAUUUCCGCAACAAUGGAAACCGUGCAAGCUGUGAAAGUAAAAUUCUCAAGUUCAUAUCUAAUAGCACGAGGAGUAAUCGAAUCAGUUUGACGUGGGAACGAUAUCGGCCACCUGAUUACAGAGACCUUGUCAGUUUUGUCGUAUACUACAAAGAAGCGCCUUUCCAGAACAUUACAGAGUUUGAUGGUCAGGAUGGUUGCGGAUCGGACAGCUGGAACAUGGUUGACGUAGACUUACCGGAGGACCGAACCCAGAAUCCUGGUGUUCUGUUGUCCUUAUUGAAGCCCUGGACUCAGUAUGCUAUCUUUGUUAAAGCUGUAACAUUAGUUGUUGAGGACAAGCACAGGCAGCAUCUUGGGGCGAAGAGUGAAGUGGUGUACAUUCGGACUAAACCAUCAGCACCCUCAAUGCCUGUAGACAUUCGUGCUUACUCUAAUUCCUCAUCAAUGCUGGUGAUCCGGUGGUCUCCCCCUGUGGCUCCCAAUGGGAAUAACACCUACUACCUGCUCCGCUGGAAACAGCAAGGAGAGGAUCAGGAGCUCUACCAGCACAACUACUGCUCCAAAGAUCUGAAGAUCCCGAUCAGGAUUUCAGCCACAGGUUUGACAGAAACAGAGAACACAAAUCCCACCAAUCCUGAAACAAGUCGUGACAAAACCUCCUGUUGUCCAUGCCCUAAAUCAGAAAAGGAUCUGAAGGAAAUCGAGGAUGACAUCUACUACCGCAAAGCCUUUGAAAAUUUCCUCCAUAAUACCAUAUUUACACCCAGACCUCCCGACAGGCGACGGCGAGAUGUGUUUGGCGUGGCAAACGCAACUUCCAUCCACACUCUGAUGCCUGGAAACUGGAACCUGACAGGGGGAAACUUCUCAGAUGAUGAGCCGACCAGACGUGAACACUUCUUUCACGAGAGGAAGGUGAGGGAGCGCACAGCUGACAUCAGGUCCCUGCAGCCCUUUACCGUCUACCGCAUUGACCUGCACGCUUGCGAUGACGAGGUUCGACACUGUAGCGCAGCCGCCUUCGUAUUUUCCCGCACCAAACCGGCAGAAAGAGCCGAUGACAUUCCUGGCCCUGUGACCUGGGAAGGUCUAGAGGAUUCAGUGUUCCUUAAGUGGCCCGAACCGCACAAACCCAACGGCCUGAUCCUGCUCUAUGAGAUUCAGUACCGUCUUGGAGCUGAGCCCGAGAAGCACGAAUGUGUAUCCCGACAACACUACAGGGAGCACAAAGGCAUGAAACUCUCCAACUUGGGACCUGGAAACUACUCUGCACGUGUGCGGGCCACUUCUCUCGCAGGAAAUGGGUCGUGGACAGAUCCAAUAGCAUUCUAUGUGCUUCAGGUUGAACAAUCAGGUUACGAGCACUUCCUGUACUUCAUGAUCAUCCCAAUUAUUAUGAUAUUAGCCGUCUUCACUGGAGUGGUUUUCAUCUUGGUCAAUAAGAAACGGAACAGUGACAGGCUUGGAAACGGGGUCCUUUACGCUUCUGUUAAUCCAGAGUACUUUAGUGCAGCAGAAAUGUAUGUGCCAGACGAAUGGGAAGUUGAGCGAGAGAAAAUCACAAUGUGUAGAGAGCUUGGGCAAGGAUCCUUUGGUAUGGUGUAUGAGGGCAUCGCCAAGGGCGUCGUCAAGGACGAGCCGGAAACCAGGGUGGCCAUCAAAACAGUCAACGAAUCGGCUAGCUUGAACGAGCGCAUUGAGUUUCUGAAUGAAGCCUCCGUAAUGAAGGAAUUCAACUGUCACCAUGUGGUGCGUCUGCUGGGUGUGGUCUCGCAGGGACAGCCCACCCUUGUGAUCAUGGAGCUUAUGACACGGGGAGAUCUGAAGAGUUAUCUCCGCUCGCUACGGUCCACAGAGAGCACCUCUAGUCUGCCAUUACCACCCUUGAAAAAGAUGAUCCAGAUGGCAGGAGAGAUUGCGGAUGGCAUGGCUUACCUCAAUGCCAACAAGUUUGUUCAUAGAGACUUGGCAGCCAGGAAUUGCAUGGUGGCCGAGGACUUUAUAGUGAAAAUUGGUGAUUUUGGCAUGACGCGGGACAUUUAUGAGACAGAUUACUACAGAAAAGGAGGCAAGGGACUGCUGCCUGUGCGGUGGAUGUCUCCAGAGUCCCUCAAAGAUGGAGUAUUCACCACCAUGUCUGAUGUGUGGUCCUUUGGGGUGGUGUUGUGGGAAAUCGCCACCCUUGCCGAACAGCCCUAUCAGGGCAUGUCCAAUGAGCAGGUGCUGCGGUUUGUCAUGGAGGGAGGACUGCUCGACAAACCAGAUAACUGCCCUGAUAUGCUGUUUGAACUGAUGCGCAUGUGCUGGCAGUACAACCCCAAAAUGCGGCCAUCCUUCCUGGAGAUCAUCAGCAGCAUCAAGGACGACCUGGAGCUGGGCUUCAAAGAGACUAGCUUCUUCUACAGCGAGGAGAACAAACCUCCUGACACUGAAGAGCUGGACAUGGAGAAUGUGGGAACCAUGGAGAACGUUCCUCUAGAGCCAUCCUCCAACCUGCAGCCCCUCACCCCCUCCUCGGCCUUCCCCCAGCAGUGUACCCCUGUACCCCAGGGCUCUGUCACGCCCGCCGGGCCAUCCUCGCCCCCUUCCUCCCCCUGCUCCACGGACAAGCACCCGCUCCCGGCAUCCGCUGCGAACGGACCCUCCAUGGUUCUCCGGAGCCCUUUUGACGAGACCCAGUCUUACACUCACAUGAACGGGGGGCGAAAGAAUGAGCGUGCCUUGCCCCAGUCAUCGGCUUGCUGAUCCAGUUCCCUUUACGUCACGUCUCUUUGACUGAAACAUGGACAUAUCUCCGUGUUUGUCAAGCCACUGUGUGGUCUCCUGAGAAGAAAUAUAUAUAUAUAUCAAAAGAAAUUCUCAAACCUGCCAAAUUCUUUCCUUUUUUGCAUUGCCAAAUUAUUCUGUCGUCUCUUUACCUGUCCCUUCAACUUCAUCUUGGCCUCAUUCCUUUCUCCUUUUAUGUUCUCAAUCAGCUCGAAAAUAUCAAAUAAGACACUUCACUCUUUUCACACUGGUGUACAUGCUUUUUCCAGUCAUAUUCUAGCCAAAAAGUUAAAUCAGUACUUUCUACGCCUGCCUCUUGUUCUCAUUGGCCGGAUGUAUACGAAGCUUCUUGCUUUGGGUUAGACGCAUUUCAGACAGCAAGAAAAGGUGAAACGAUGCAAAAACAACAUGGCACCAAAAUGACAACAAAUGCAACAGACACAAAAUUGCAAAAUAAAAUUUAGAAUGGAUUUGGGUAAAAUAGAGCUCAAAAGUUUUUCUAUCUUAAUGUUUAACUAGACAUCUCUCGAUUGGUCUUUCAGUUGUAUGUUGGACCACAAAGCGUGUACAUGGUUUGUCACUUUUGUACCUUUUUUACAGUUCAGAUGACCAUCUAUGUGUCUGUGCUGAAAAAAGCUGCUAUUUUAUUCUUGUUUUUCUUUUGUAGUUGUAAUAUAUACAGUAUAUAUAUGGAUAGAUAUAAAGAGAUUCUUCAGGUGUAAUUCUUUGCCUUUCCACUACAGUCCAUUUUAAUAUGCUUAUAGUUCUGCAAAAGAAGAAAAGAGAUAAAGAGUUCACGAGUUGAGUUUUGCCAUGUAAAGUUGUUUAAUGCCUUGGUUUUUUGGACAGAUUUUUCUAAAGUUAGAUUCAUACUGUUUUUUUUUUCUCUUGAAAAGGAAAAUCUGCAAGGUAACAUACUUCUGUCUUCAUGCCAUUAUAACAACGGCGAACGUGAUUCUCAAACAGCUCCGCACUGUGUUUCUCACCAUAUUAAUGCGCUACAAAUUCUCUCAGGUCAAACUCCUUCAAGUUUUGGUCUCAGACCCCUGUAAUGUUUUCUUGUGUCGUUAUUCAUUCCUCUGUUUUUGGUCAUACGCAUUCACAAGUCGACUGGAUUGAAAAUUAAGGCAAAAUUUGCUUUUGAAUUCAUUUAAUUUCGUAAAUGUCGACUUGCCGCAUACUUUAUUGAUUGUUCAGCCUUAUUUGUGACUGAUCCUGCCACCGUUUUUAUAUGUUAUGAACUCUGCAUUUCCUUCCUUCCAAGCAGAGUCUGAUAAACAAGAAUUCUACAGAUACGAUUCAGCAUAACUCUAUGCAGAAGUUGUGUUUGUAACAUAGAUCACUUGUAUACAUUUAAGAUACAGGUUUGACCAUGAGCACCAGUUUUUGAGCCUUUUUUCCUUUAAGGAUUUUUCCUUUUUUGUUUUCCCCAUCCUGAGCUUUUUUCGUUCUUUUUUUCCAUUAUUUAUUUUGUUUCUCACCUAUUUGUGAUAUGUUUAUGAUCACUGUAAAUAAUAAUAAUAAAAAAACCUUGAUGAAGUGUUACAUUUUAGAUAUUUUUACAUGUUGUGUUUUUUUUUUUUUUUUUUUUUUUUUUUUUCAUGAUUUGGGAUUUUUUCUUUUUUCUUCAAAUAUUUAUCUACCUCACUCUUUUUUUUUUAUGUACCUGUAUAUAAAGUACAUCUGACCUUUUUCAUUAAGAGGGCAAUGUUACUGGUCUCUGUAUCUGGGUAAACCUCAUAAACGCUUCAAACCACAAUCUUGGAGUGGAGAAAUUGCGGAUUUAUGGACAUUUUUUAAUGAAUAGCUGCUUUCUUUCUUAUCGGAUCUCGCUCAAAUGUGUCUAUUAUUUAUUUCUGAGAUUAAAAAUACAGGUCUGACAAUUGACUCCAAAUGCUGGAAUGUUGCUGACAUUUAAUUAUUAUAUUUUUUCACUAUAUAUAAUGAUUUUCUGAUCUCCUCGCCCUUUCAUGUCUCUGAAACUCACUGUUUGCAUCUUUCUUAUUUAAAAAUGUCUUUACACAUUUAUUGGAAGAUUGUACUUAAAUAUUUCAGAAAUCAAAUGUUUAUUAUUUCGAAAACACUUUGGGUGAAAAUGGAUGUAUGUUAUCAGGUGCAUCAAAUGUACAGUAUGAUGAACAAUUUUUAUGACCUUUGGAAAACAAAACUAUUUUUUAUAUCACCAGGAAAAAUCCCAUAUAAAAGGUCAUUGCGAUAUUGGGCAAACUAUUUCAGUGUAAUUGAAGUAAAAAUGAACAGAAGCAGUAUAAAAGUAGCUUUUAUUAACGGUUUAUUUAUUUCAUAGCUGUUCAAGACAGAAUAUUACUUAUUCAGUUCAAAACAAUUCAACUAUUGUGAUGUGUUUGGUGCAUGAUAUUGGGCUGAAUAAAUUAAACAUCUGAACAUUUUGGUACAUCUGAUUACAAGGGAAGUGUACAAACUGUUGGUCAUUGAAACUGGCCCAAGCGAAUGAUUUAAAAGCAUUUACAUGUUGUUGUUUUGUUUUGUUUUUUUUCUCUUCAUGAACGUUGCACAUUUGGUUAUUUAAAGAUGGUCCAAGAUCAUUCAAGACGCCAACCUAAUGCUCCUCUCUGACCAUGUCUUAGCUGUAACACCAUUUCAAGAUUGUUCAGUUUCCUGAUACAGAUCUAUUGACUUUGGGCUAGAUAUUCUCAGGGCUGAAGGUUUUGAGUGGGCAUCAAAGGGACAGGAAGUGACCCGUCCUGAGAGCUCACUCGACCCUGCUGCUGAUGACACUGCUGCUCCCUAUCAUCUCACGAGAUGAAUCUUCUGAAAUCUGGGCAUUACAGUGUGCUCUGUGAGUACAGGAGGUCUGAGAGUUGAGCAAUAGGAGGUCUUCAUGGUCUGGUUGCACCAUCUCGAUAGAAACUGAAAAGGAUUUGUUUAACUCCAUGUUAUUUCAUUAAACUUGUUGAUGCCGGUAGAGCAAAAUGUUAAGAUGUUCAAGAGCCGUUGAGACAUGCCAGCACGUCAUCAAGAUCAAGAGAUGUACAACUUUUAUUAUAAAAGUUAAUUAUACUGUAUAAAGGGGUGUUACAGAUCCAGAGGGAGGGGAGAAUGGAGAAAGUUUUGUGGUCCAAAUCUGUUCAAACCUGGCUGUUCUGAUUAAAAAAGGA